AUGGCGGCCCCCGGCUCCCUGGCCGAGUGCGGCUACAUCCGGACCGUCCUGGGCCAGCAGAUCCUGGGCCAGCUGGACAGCUCCAGCCUGGCGCUGCCCUCCGACGCCAAGCUGAAGCUGGUGGGCAGCGCCGGCCGCAGCGGGCAGGCGGCCCGGAGCCUGCGGAUCCAGGAGCAGGUGCAGCAGACCCUGGCGAGGAAGGGCCGGGGCUCCGUGGCCCGCGGUUUGCUGUGGAAUUUGUCCUCCAAUGACAAACUCAAGAAUCUCAUGAUAACAGAAGCCUUGCUCACUCUAACCGAGAAUAUCAUCAUCCCCUUCUCCGGGUGGCCUGAAGGAGAUUACCCCAAAUCAAAUGGCCUGCUGGAUUUUGAUAUAUUCUACAAUGUCACUGGAUGCUUAAGUUUCAAAGGAGAUUGAGAUCUGUCAUUGCCCUGGAGGGAUUCCGGUUUUAGUAGAAGAGACCUUACCUGGAGAGGUAAUGACUGCAUUUGAUGAGACAUGUAAAAGAAGUUGGAACGAUUAUGUGGAGGCUCAGGGCUGCCAGACUUAUUGCUUGAGAACUGGAAAACUUCUGGAGAAAGUCACCUGGAAGAGCUUAAAUUGGAAGUGAGAGUUAUAAACUGUGUUUUAUGACACCAGAAGUCUUUUUCCAAAAAUUUCAAGAUUAUCUUCAUAGUCAAAACUACUUCUUAAAAACCAAAACCAAACAAAAAGUCAGUGAGUGGCUAGGAAUGGGGCUUAGUGGUAGAGUGUUUGCCUAGCAUGCA